UUUCCAUUUGUAAUUCUCGUGACAAAGUUUCUUCGAUCUUUCUAUUCUCCCAAGUUCUCCCUCUCUGGUCCCUCCGUCAAAAUCAAGCUCGGUUUUCAGCUCAUCUUCAAAUUAUACAAACUUUCAAGCAUUCUAAUGCAUACAGCAAAUUUGAUUUCUCUUUUUCACAAUACAAUUCAAGUUUGAUUCUGCUCUAGAUUUUGUGUAUGCAAUCGUGUAGAUGAACUGGACUAGGAGUUUGCGUUUUUGGUCAAAUACUGUUCGCAAAUGCAUCGUAGAAGAUUGUUGCGGUAGAACCUCGCUUUGGCCAGUGCACAGGAUUGCGCCUGGGUAUCGUCAUUUCGGAAGAAGGAUUCAGAAUGAUGAUAGUCCGCUCAUAGAUAGGAGCUUCCUGGCGAAGCUAUGGGAAGCAGAUAGGAAGCUGGAAGGUAGUAGAGAGAAACGGAAACGACACCGGAUUGGUAAUUAUGAUCGAAAUGGAAAUCAGAAUCGGAUUGGUGGUUAUGAUCGCAGGGCGUUUGGGAAAUCGACAUUGGAUGCUACUUUUGCAGAAGGGAAACCGUGGAAGCAACCACCUCCAAGUCAAUCGGUCUCUGGUUUUCUAGAGCCACAUUCUCCCGAAGAGGUCCAAGUUGCACCUCUUCUUGCUAGAUCUAAUUUGCUCAUUACCAGGGAUAUAGAGUGGGCAAAUCUGGUUUUUGGGUUUGAGCAGGAAAAUCGUUAUGCUAUAGUUGACGUCUGCUAUCCCCAGUCACCAGUUGGGUUUAUUCGGGAGCAAAGUAGCAUCAUUGCUAGACAGUUGCUUCGUCUAAGGCGCCCUUUUGUGGCAUAUAUUACGGAUGCAAUGGGUAAUGAACUUUUCAGGGUUCGGCGGCCCUUUUGGUGGCUAACCAGUUCUAUAUAUGCUGAAGUUGAUGGUAAGGAAAUUGGUGUGGUUCAUAGACGGUGGCAUCUUUGGAGGAGGGUGUAUGAUCUGUACCUUGGGAACAAGCAGUUCGCAGUUGUUGAAAAUCCUGGAUUUUGGAAUUGGACCUUUACAUUAAAGGACAUUGAUGGAAAAGUGCUUGCUGAGGUGGAUCGUGAUUGGAGAGGUUUUGGCUUUGAGAUCUUUACUGAUGCGGGUCAGUAUGUCAUUCGUUUUGGAGCUUCUGAUCCGGUCUCAAGGACUGGCCCUGCUAGAGGAGUUCAAGAGCUGGAAGUCGCCCGACAACUUACUCUUUCAGAGAGAGCCGUAGCCGUUGCUCUUGCUAUUUCACUUGAUAAUGACUAUUUCUCAAGACAUGGUGGCUGGGGACUUCCUUUCAUUGCCGUUGGUGAGUAGACUUGGUUUGCUGGACUUACUUCUGGAUAUCCGGAGUUUCUUAGGUGUUUUCGUACACCAUAUCUUAUUAUCUUGUGCUUUUCGUAUUGAUAGAGGUUUUUUUUCCUCCUACUUCAACGGUCCAUAGGGCAUGAAAUUUAAACCCUGACCAAGCAGCAUGUAGGGUAUGAAAUUUAAACCCUAACCUCUUGGUUGAAGAUGUACUCUAAAUUGAGCUAUGCUCAUCUUACGUGUUUGAUACAAGUUCUAUCGAUAUUAAAUUAUUAAUGAAAUCCAAAUUGCAGUAAAAA